CAAUAUAUACAUACCGCGGAGCCAUCGCAGAACAACGGUCGCGGCCCGACCUCGUCGUCACCGCGAUCUCUCGAUCAAUGGCCUUCUUGGUUCUUCUUGCUGCCACGCUAUUCAUGUUAACCGCCCAAGCGGUGGUUCGUGUCGUCGGUGAGCCAGGGACGACGACGACGGCAGGGUUCCUCAGCAUCGACUGCGGCCUGGACGGCAGCGGCUACAAGGACGCGACCACCGGUAUCGACUACGUCCCUGAUGGCCCGUACGUCGACGCCGGCGAGAACCACGUGGUGGCCGCCGAGUACCGGGACGGUCCGAAAAGGUACGACACGCUGCGGAGCUUCCCGCCCGGAAGCGGGAAGCGAAACUGCUACACGCUGCCCACGGUCGCCGGAGCCAAGUACCUAGUCCGGAUGGAGUCCACCUACGGGAACUACGAUGGCCGGAACAGCUCGUCGUCGUCGUCCAUGGAGGAGUACAUGUUCGACCUGUACCUGGGGGCUGACUACUGGGAGACCGUCGAAGUCGGAAGGAACGUGGCGUCCGAGGCAGUCUUCGUGGCGUGGGCGGCCUGGACGCCGGCGUGCCUCGUCGAUACCGACCAAGGCACGCCGUUCGUGUCCGUCGUGGAGCUCAGGCCACUCCCGGCAGGGCUCUACCCUACUGUCACACCCGGGCUGUCCAUGAACCUUCAACGUCGGAUGGGGGCAAGCAUGCCAUUAACCCGGUUUCCAUACGAUGAAUACGAUCGUUUCUGGUGGCCAAUGUACAAUAACUCGCAUUGGGCGAACUUGUCGACUAGGAUGACUAUCCAGCCGGACCCCAGCUUCGCCGAGCCCUUGUCUAUUCUCCAGACAGCGGUUUCGGCGACCGGGAAUGACACGGUGCUCACCAUCUUCAUCUUAGGGAAUCACCUGCACAAGACGACCUUCUCCUUCAUGGGGUUCAUGCAUUUCGCCGAUUUUCAGAAUGCUCAGCUUCGGCAGUUUGACAUAUACUUGAACGGCGAAAAACAGGGGCCCUCAUACACCUCAUCAUUCCUGGUUGCUUCGUGCAUCUAUACCCCAACGGCAUACAAAGCCGUCGAUCGCAAAUACAACAUCACCCUUGUCGCCACCGCCAAGUCUGUGCUGCCGCCAAUGAUCAACGCUGUCGAGAUCUACAAUAUCAUCCCACACAGCAAUCCAAUAACAUUCUCUGAUGAUUUUGACGCCAUCAUGGCUAUCAAAUUCGAGUAUGGCGUGAAGAAAAACUGGAUGGGUGAUCCAUGUUUCCCAACCAUAUAUGCUUGGGACGGUGUGAAAUGCAGCAAUACAAGUGGUAACACUACGAGGAUAACAUCACUAGAUCUCUCCAAUAGCAACUUGCGUGGGGCCUUAUCUACGAAUUUCACAUUGCUUACGGCACUCGAGAAUUUGGAUUUGUCUUAUAACAACUUAAGCGGGCCAAUACCUGAUUCCCUACCAAGUUUGCCCUCCCUACGAGUUCUAAAUUUGUCUGGCAACCAUCUGAAUGGCAACUCCCUAUGCAAAAAUUACGGUGGAUCACUUACUUUCAGAUAUGAUUCUGAUAUAAGUACGUGCAACAAAUCGACAAGUCCGUCAAGAGAAAAAGCUCUCUUAGUUAUUUCAGUUGUGGCCCCUGUCCUGGUUGUGGCUGCACUUGUUUUUUCAUUUUUCAUCUGGAGAGCAAAAAGAAAGCCUAAUGUUUCUAUAGAUGAUCACAAUGGAAAUCUACAACUGGAGAGUGCUACAAGAGGCGCAAAAGGUCAAGGGGAUCACCUGCAAGAUACUGAGAAUAGGAAAUUCACGUAUAAGGAGCUGGAGAAGUUUACUGAUAAUUUCGAACGGUUCAUAGGACAAGGAGGUUUUGGACCUGUUUACUUUGGCUGUCUAGAAGAAGGUACCAUGGUUGCUAUCAAGAUACGUUCUGAGUCAUCAUCACAUGGCCUAGAUGAAUUUUUAGCCGAGGUUCAGAGUUUGACAAAGGUGCAUCACAGGAAUAUAGUUUCUCUGGUUGGUUACUGCUGGGAGAAAAAUCAUUUAGCCCUUGUUUAUGAGUACAUGUCUCAAGGCAAUCUUUAUGAUCAUCUGAGAGGUAAAAAGGCUGCUGUCCAAACCUUGAACUGGGGAGCACGUGUGCAAAUUGUGCUUGAAGCUGCACAAGGCCUGGAUUAUUUGCACAAAGGAUGCAGCCCGCCAAUAAUUCACCGAGAUGUGAAGAGCGGCAACAUUCUCUUGGGUCGAAAUCUGCAAGCUAAAAUAGCAGAUUUUGGACUGAGCAAAACAUAUCUUAGCGAUGCUCAAACUCACAUAUCAGCCACUGCAGCUGGCACGGCUGGCUACAUGGACCCAGAGUACUACCUCACCGGAAGGCUUACCGAGAGCAGCGAUGUGUAUAGCUUCGGAGUAGUCCUACUUGAGGCAGCCACCGGUGAGCCUCCGCUGCUGCCAGGCCAUGGCCACAUCACCCAGCGCGUGAAACAGAGGAUCGCCGCAGGCGACAUCGGCUCGAUCGCUGACUCAAGGCUUGGAGGCGCCUACGACGUCAGCUCCAUGUGGAUGGUGGUGGACACGGCCAUGGCGUGCACGGCGGAGGCCGAUGCUGGAAGGCCAACUAUGGCUGACGUGGUGGCGCACCUGAAGGAUAGCCUGGCACUGGAGGAUGCUCGCGAUAACGACUGCAGCGUCCCGCCGCGGCGAGCGUUGCAGCGUGAUGAUGAUGAUGACACGGUUAUGUCCUCGUUUGGUCCGUCCGUGAGAUGAGGUUUGGUUUGGUUUGAUACUUUGAUCCAUCUACUAGUCUACAGCUGUGUUUUCUGUGCUGUGAAGGCCACAUUGGAGUCUGUUUGUGCAUUUGCUUUUGAAGCCGGUACUGUGGACUGUGGUAAAUAAAGUUGACAUGUGAAAGAAGCCACGAUUUAAUGUGUAGGUCAAGAAAGAUUCAUGUUAUUUUCCGACUCUGUACCAACCAAAACAAUCAAUAAGGUUCGCGAAUGGAUUCGUAUUCUUCAUCUCAAA